UUUACGUGAAUAUAAGCACACACACGCACGUACAUACGCCCGCACGUACAUCAUAAACACACACAUAAAUUAUACUUACAUGUAAUAAUAAAAAAAAAACCUUUUACCUACAAUUUCCAUUGUUUGAACCAUGUUUAUGGGUAAUUAAUGAUACCGACUACCGUUGUUCCUAUUUCCGUUUUACGUUACGUUAACGAGCACUCGAAUACUCGAUACGAUGAUCGAACAAAAUUAAUAAGCUGGUCGUUUCUCAGAAAUCGUUUAAUGUAAAUGUCAGAUGUUUGCUAUGUAACUGUAUAGAUCGAACGGAAUGUUUGGUGUCACCCGUUGAAGUUAAAGAUUAAUAUAUUUUUUUAAUAUUUUCUCGAUUCAUUAGUAUUUUGUGCAAUGGAAGACUAUAAAUUCUUAUUUAAAGUAGUACUGGUUGGUAAUGCUGGUGUCGGAAAAACUUGUUUGGUCCGUCGAUUUACACAGGGAAUGUUUCCUCCAGGUCAAGGUGCAACAAUUGGAGUGGAUUUUAUGAUAAAAACAAUUGAAAUAGACAAUGAAAAAGUCAAACUCCAAAUUUGGGACACUGCAGGACAAGAAAGAUUCCGUUCAAUUACUCAAAGUUAUUAUCGAUCUGCACAUGCUUUAAUAUUAAUUUAUGAUAUAACAUCCCAGCCAACAUUUGAUUGCCUUAAUGAUUGGCUUCGUGAAAUUGAUGAAUAUGCAAACAACAGAGUUCUAAGGGUUUUAGUUGGUAACAAAAUAGACAAAGAAGACCGUGAAAUUCCUUCUCAUGUAGGUCAAGAUUUUGCUCAAAGACAUGAUAUGCGCUAUUUAGAAACAUCGGCGAAACAAGCAGACAAUGUAGAAAAAUUAUUUGUUCAAAUUGCUUCAGAAUUGAUGGAGCAAGCUAAAUCCAAAGGAAUAUCUUCAGACAGUCCACAGUCUUUACCAUUCAACACUAGAACUUCUAAAUCCAUCAAUGAUUACUGUUGUAAUCGUUAAAAACUUAACUAUCAGUAUUAUUUUAUUAUUGUCAUUGAUAUUUAACUGAGCUUAUCACAGGGUAAAUUGUAAUCAAACUAAUAUUUUACCUUGAAUCAAUCCAAUAAUAAUGUUUUUUACAAAAAAAAGUUACCUGACAGUAACAUGAUGAGCAAAAAUAAUUAGUAUUAUAUAGUUUUAGUUUUAACAUCAAUUGAGUUAUUGUUUUCUUUGUUGAUAUUUUUAUGUUUAAAAGUUGUACGAACUACAAAGUGUUGGCAUACAAAUAAAAUGUGUUGUAUGUGCAUCCAAAAUAAAUGUGCUCAAAUAUAUGAUCAUCAAAUUUUAUUUAAUCUGACAACACUGUUAACCUGUAUUUUGAUCAAAAUUAAUUGUUUUUUGUUUACAACUAAGAAGUUUUAUUAAAAUUAACAACUUUCCAAGUAUUAAGUAUAAACCAUAUUUCAUAGUAUCAAUUUAGACAUUGUUUUUAAUUUUUAACACUUAGUUUAAAAUGUGUUUGAAGAAAGUGUUUACCUAUUAAUUGAAUAUAAAUGUUGUUAUUAAAUAAACAAAUGACCCUGUAUAAUGUACAAUUAAAGCAGAAUUAACAUUUUGUUUGACAUGAUUUAAAAAUUAAAACUAUUACUUUUUGUUUUGUUGUAUCGUAUUUUAGCUAUAAAGUGGUAACUUAACUUAUAAUUACUACCAGGAACAAAAUGUUGUGUUUAUUUUAUACUUAUUUAUUUAUAUAUGUACAUAUAUAUUUUUUUUUACAAAAUAUUUAGUGCAAUACUUUUGUUUUACUAUUAAGAAAUAAGAAUUGUAUGUAGAGGAAUACUAGGAUUUGUAGCAUAAAACAUUUCUUUUUAUAUUUGGUAUUGUUAAUUUGCUGUUACUAUUAUUUAAUGUUUUAUAUUAAUAAUAACUGGUUUUAAAAAUUACC